AUGUUACCACCAAUGCCAAAUCAAAUAUCUGAAUUAGAAUUCUUAAGAAAUAGAAUUCAACAAAUUGAAGGCUCUUUAGGUUUAGAUCCAAAUUCAAAUCAAUUUCAAAUUCAAAAUCAAUAUCAAUAUCCUCAAUUUCAACCUUAUCCUCCUCCAAAUCAACAACCUCAACUACAAGGUCAACCACAACAACAGGGUGGUCCACAACAACAAGGUCAACAACAAGGUCAACAACCUUAUGGCCUCCAUUUACCUUCAAUAACAAAUCAAAUCAAUCCAAUCUCAGAUCCUUCCAAGGAUGGUCAAUUUAUAUCAACUCCACCAAAAUCUGAAAAUGGUUCAAGUGUUUCAAAUAUUGAUCCUACAUUAAUUGAUGAAAGUGAAAUAAUUACAUCUUUUAAAACAAAUACCCCCAACUCAUCAUUCCUUGGGUUAGAAAAUAAUGGGAUUUUUGAAACUAUAUCAUUUGCUAAAAAGGAUAAUUUCCAAACAAAUUUUUAUUUAUUAUUACAGACUCAUCAUGAAAAUUUAAAAAAUUUAGAAUUAAAUGAACCAUUAAGAAAAAAACAAAGAACUAAUAAUAAUAAUCAUUUUGCAAAUUUAUUACAAAACCCCAAGUAUCAAGUGGAAAAUUUUUUUAAAUAUGAAACGAAUAAUUUAACUGAUUUAUUGAAAAAAAUUGGUAAAAUUUUACCAAAUAAAAAAAUCAUUUGGUUAUUAAUUGAAAAAUUCUUUAAUAGUUUUGCAGAUCCUUUCAUCCCAGUAUUAAAUGAAGAAGAAUUUUAUACAGAGAUCACCCAAAUAAUUGGUGAAAAAAUCUUGGAUGAAUCCAAAAUCAAAUUAAAUGCAGAUGUAAACAAUUCAAAAGAUCUUGUUAAUCUAUGUUAUUUAUUAAUAAUCCUUAGAAUAACAGCAUUAUCAUUGUCAAAUACAAUAAAAUUAGAUAAAUUUAAUAAAUUUUUAUUAAAAAAUUUAACAAAUAUUUCGGAAUUUGAUUUUACAAUUGAAAUUUUAUUAGCUUUUUUACAAAAUUUUACAAUUGAUAAAUUAACUCGGAUAAGAUUAAACCUUUUGGAAAUCUUUUUGUUCUCCAAAACAAGAGAAUUAAAUGAUACUUGUGAAUUUUAUCCAAUUGGGUUAGCUGUUUCAUUAAAUUUAAAUAAUAAAUCAGAAAUUGGUUCAGAUGAACAAUUAAUUAAAGUUUGGUAUCAUUUAUAUUUCCAAUAUUAUAAUUUAAACAUCAUCAAGGGAUUACCAAUUUUUUUGAAUGAUGAUUUUUUCAAUUUAGAAUUAACAAAUUUUCCAAAUGGGAAUUUAGGUUCAAAUUUCCAUAAAUCAAUCGUGGAUAUUUAUGGUAAACAAAUUGAAUUAAACCAAGUGAUUUAUAAUAUUUGGCAAAAAUUAUAUAAUUUUCCUGGAAGAGAAGUUAGUGUGGGGACAUUAGAAAAAUUAAUUCAAGAUUAUGAUGAUUUUGUUAUUUCAAAUUUUAAAGAUUAUGAUUCUUAUAAAAAUGAUAUUAAUUCAAAUUAUUCAAAUAAAGUUUUCAAUAUUACAAAUAAUGCAAUUCAUAAAUUAACUAAAAUGAAUUUAAGUUGUUUUAUAUUAUUACAUUAUGAACAUGAAUCCAAGAAAUCUAAAGAAAAAUUCAUUAAAAUUGUCACCAAGACCACGGAAUUAGUUAUUGAUUCAAUUGAAAAAUCUUUUGAUGUUUUGAAAAAUUAUAAUUUACAUUUUAAUUCAGGUUAUGAAUUUAUGAUUUUCCCACAUUUAUUUUUAUUAUUAGAUAAAUCAAUUAAAUACCUUACAGCAAUUGCAUUAAGAAUGUGGAGUAUAAAUUUCCCACCGUUAGUUAUAUUAAAAUUUUUCAUAAAUAUGGUUGAAGAAUUAAAUGGAUUUGAAUUUUUAGAAAAUUAUUAUAUAAAUUGGAAAUUGAAAAAUAAAGUAUUAAUUAUAGUUAAUUUAUUUAAACAAGCUUUUAAAAAGGAACCAGGUUCAAUGGAAUUAUUAUCAACUUCAAUAAAAUCACCAAAUUCUAAAGAUGAAAUUAAAUUUGAUCAAUUAUUUACAAAUUUAAGUGAAUUUAAUUUGGAAGAAUUACAAGAAUCUGAAAAAUUAUUUAAUAGAUUAAAUAAUAAAUUUGAUGAUAAAUUUCAUGAUUUGAAAACUCUUGAUGAAUUUUUCAAUAAAAUUGAUUAUAUUGAUGUUCCAGAAUUUGAUAUUAAAUAUUUUUAUUGA